AUGUUUUCCGCAAUAUCCUCCGUUGGGUCUAUGCUCUCCCGAGUGCUUGGACCCACUCCAAAGGCCGAAAACCCUUUCGACAACGAGGCAUACCGAACCGAAUUUAUUUCACAGUUGAAAAACCAUACGAUAGCGUUAGCAGAUGAUAUAUGGAAGAACUUUUGGGAAACGGAUAUCGAUUUAUUCUGUAACCAGCGGCCAAGCGCGGAGACGGUUCAACUAGGGAGAUAUAAUGGAUAUACUGUUUGGACAUUUACUUUAGGAUUGCAAUCUAUUAUUGAAGCAGAAAGGCUUUCGCCGGGGAAUUAUGGUGAUAAUAUUUCAACGGCGAUUGAAACACUCCGAGAACGAUAUUACAAUCCAGAGUUCAAAGCAUACUCAGCUUGGCUAUACGCAAGAGGGGAUACUGACGUUUACUACGACGACAAUGCACAAAUCGCUAUAGCGUUGACAGAUGCAUUCCUCCUACUACAUGACCCAAUAUACUUAGAUCUCGCCCGUCGUCUUUGCAAUUUUCUAAUAACUGGUUGGACAAGUGGCGACUCCCCACCAGGGGGCAUUCAAUGGCAUGUUGGCGACGAAGCACCACAUAACGACCGCUGCUGUUGCUCAACUGCUAUAACCGGGGUUGCGCUCCUUAGAACAGCUAAUGCUUUAAAGCCUCAUAUCAAAAAUUUAAAGUCAUACCCCUCAGCGGCAAAACUUCAGCUUACAGACGAGGAAAAGCAGUCGGACUGGGUAGCGUUGGAACCCGGUUCAGAUGAAUCGAUAGAGGAAAUGGAGAAAGAUGUCCAAAAGUUCAUCUCCUUCGCUCAGAAAUGUGGCGACUGGCUCGUUGAUACACUCUUUAUCAAAGAGGAGGAUAAGAAGGGCGAUUCCCUUACACAUCUCAUCGCAGACAAGCUCACUCAAUCGGAUGACUCAAACUGGAAAAGGGACGAACAUACAAUAUUAUCAUACAACAUCGGGACGACACUACACUUGCUUUGCUUACUGCACCAAGAAUCUCAACUCUCGAGGGAAGCGAAAAUCCCGGACUAUACCGAAACAAUCCACACACUCGCCGGGACGGCGGUCACACCAUAUAAAGCAAUUUUCAACAUAUCAGCCCCGAACCCUGAUAAACGGGUUUGGGCAGACUUUCCAUAUUUUACACAUUUGUUGAUUGAGGGGCUCCUCGUGUACACGUCCACAUUCCCACAUCACACUAAAAUCCGCGAAGUAGAGAAUAUGAUUCUUCAUAACGUCAAGUUUAUGAAAAAUCACCUAUCAGCGUCGCCCGAAAACCAAUUAUUCUAUCACCGCAAUUUGAAAUUGAACAAAAUCUCGAAGGAGAAAACUGAGGAAUGGAAUAAAAUUAUGGGAACGAACGAGAAAGAGGAUCUUGACAAAACGGAAAGAGUUUACGAUGAACCUUGGGAGAAGCUUGAGGAAGCUACAAUGGCGAGGACGCUUCUAGCACAAGGAGGUGUUGCAAGGGGCCUUGCACUUGUCGCCGGGACUAUAGGGAAGAAGAUUGAGAUCGAGGAGGAGACUACACGAGUAUUGAACUCUGCCAGCUUAGUGGCUGGAGACUGGUAA